GAAGACAGGAAUUCACACCAUCGCCAACACAAGCACCAUGUCUAAAGCAAUCGCAAUCAUAGCCGGCGUCGGACCUGGCACAGGAGCUGAGAUAGCCAAACGCUUCGCAGCCUCCUAUCCUGUUGUCCUUUUGGCCCGAAACCCCUCCAACUUCGAACCUACCGCCGAGGAGAUCAACAAAAGCGGCGGACGAGCCAUCGGCAUCUCAACCGAUGUCUCCUCUCAAGACAGCUUGAAAGCUGCCUUCAGCAAGAUCGAGCAGGAGUUCUCUGGCGCUCCAAUCGCCGCAGCAAUCUUCAAUGCCUCCUCCCGACCGAAGCGAAAGCCCAUCCUCGAGAUCAGCGUCGAGGACUUCGAGACUGCUCAUGGCGUCGUUGCCAAAGGAGCCUUCAUGUUCGCCCAACACGUCCUUCCCGGCCUCCUCCUCCACGCCUCCGACUCCUCAGCCAAGUACCCGCCCACCUUGAUCUUCACAGGCGCCACCGCAUCCAUCAAAGCCAACGCGCAGAUGUCCGUCUUCGCAUCCGCCAAAUUCGCCAUGCGAGCUCUAUCCAUGUCCAUCGCGAGGGAGUACGCUCCGCAAGGCGUGCACGUUGCGCACUCGAUCGUCGAUGGAGUUAUUGAUAUUGAGUUAACCAAGGAGUGGACGAAAGGCAUGGCUCCCGAGGCGAAGAUCGCGGCGGACGAUAUUGCGGAGAGUUAUUGGUAUUUACAUACGCAGAGUAAGAGGUGUUUCACUAACGAGAUUGAUAUUCGGCCGAUGAUGGAGAAGUGGUAGAGAUUGGGGGAGUAGCAAACUUACCAGUAGUAUUGAAGUGUCUCCCGCUAGAUC